ACAAAAAAAAAACCAAAACAAACAAGAACAAAUUUAACAUUUCAUUAGAAAAAUAUUAAAUUUUUAACUUCUUAACAAAAUAUUAUAAUUUCUUUCUUAAAAUAACAAUAUGUCGCGCAAAAAAUGGACUGCUCUAGAUAAACCACCAUUAUCUGAACCGGUUUUAGAAAUUAUACAAGAUAUGGGCUUUAGUUUAAUGACACCAGUACAGACCGCUACUAUACCCUUGCUAUUGGCUCGUAAAGAUGUCUCUGCAGAAGCUGUUACCGGUUCUGGUAAAACUUUAGCUUUUCUUGUGCCUCUUUUGGAAAUGCUACAGCGUCGCCAUAAAGAAACCCCUUGGUUGCCUAAAGAAAUAGGUGCUUUAAUUAUAUCACCCACUAGAGAGUUGGCUUUACAGAUAUCAGAAGUAUUGGAACGUUUUUUGGAACAUGAAGAAUUAAACUAUUUACGCCAGAAACUUAUAGUGGGUGGCAACAGUAUAGAGGAUGAUAUUAAAACAUUGUUAAAAGAUGGUCCUUGUAUAUUGGUAUGCACACCAGGCAGAUUAGAGGAUUUAUUUCAACGUAAAGGUGAUUUGAAUUUGGCAGCUAGAAUGAAAAGUUUGGAAUUUUUGGUUUUAGAUGAAGCUGAUCGUUUAUUGGAUUUGGGUUUUAAAGCUACCAUUAAUAAUAUUUUGGCCUAUUUACCACGUCAAAGACGUACUGGACUAUUUUCAGCCACACAAACUACCGAAGUAACAGAUCUUAUAAGAGCUGGUCUCCGUAAUCCUGUUUUGGUAUCGGUCAAAGAGAAAUCGACCAUUAAUACACCUAUUCGUUUACAAAACUACUAUACUUUAUUGGAGGCCGAUGAGAAAUUUAUAGCUUUAUUACAUUUUCUCAAGUCUAGUAAAGCUAAAGAUAGCAAAAUUAUGGUUUUCUUUCCCACCUGUGCCUGUGUUGAAUACUGGUCGGAAAUAAUGCCACAAUUUCUAAAAGAUCGUUCCAUUCUAGGGAUACAUGGAAAAAUGAAAAAUAAACGUAAAAAUAUUAUAGAACGUUUUCGUAAAGAAGAUAAAUCGAUAUUGUUGUGUACGGACGUGUUGGCCAGAGGUUUAGAUGUGCCCGAAAUUGACUGGGUUAUACAGUGGGAUCCUCCCUCGAAUGCUGCCAGUUUUGUACAUCGUGUGGGACGUACCGCUCGCCAGGGUAAUGAGGGCAAUGCUUUGGUAUUCCUUUUGCCCUCGGAAGAUGCUUAUGCGACAUUUUUGAAAAUCAACCAAAAAGUGGAGUUAGAAGAAAUGGAUGAUUUAGGCUUUGAUAGGAAUCAACUAAAACCCACUUUGGAAAAAUUACAUAAAUUACAGGCCUCCGAUAAGGGUUUGUAUGACAAGGGUGUCAGAGCUUUCGUCUCACACAUACAAGCCUAUAGAAAACAUGAAUGUAAUGCUAUUUUAAGAUUAAAAGAUAUGGACAUGGGCAAAGCUGCCACAGGUUAUGGUCUUCUGCAAAUGCCCCGUAUGCCUGAAUUAAAGACCUUAAAUGCCGAUAAUUUCAUAGCACCUAACUUUGAAGUUGAUGUCAAUAAGUUAACCUAUAAAAAUGCCCAAAAAGAACAGGCUAGACAGGAAAAAGUAAAAACCUACGAAGAGACCGGACAGUGGCCGGGCAAAAAGAAACAUAAAAAACAAACUGAAGCUUGGGACCAAACGAAAAAGGCUAAAAUGGAUGUUAAGACCAAAAAAGAACUAAGAAAAGCUAAAAAACAACGUAAAAAAGCAGAUGAAGCAGCCAAUGGAGCGAAAGGAAAGAAACGCAAACAACAAUUUACCCAAGAAGAUCUCGAUGAGUUGGCCAAUGAUAUACGUUUAUUUAAGAGAUUGAAAAAGAACAAAAUUAGCGAGGAAGAUUUUAAUAAAGAAAUGGGUAUAGAUGAGGAUUAAAUUAGAACUAUUAGGAGGAAGUGUAUAUACAAUUAGAUGUUGUAUUAAUGUUAAAAAUAAGUUUUGCAAGUAAUUUUAUUGAUAAAAAUAAAAAACUUUAAAAUUUUAUAAAAAAA